AUGUGCAGCGGCUCUGGCAUCCACAAUGUGCAGAUCGAAAGGGCGCUAAAGUAUCUGGCCUGCUGGCUGGAUGAGUCAUGUGUUUCGCAGCACUAUGACGUGGCAUACUACUACCGGCUUCCCAUGGCGUUCAUCGAAGCAGGACGCGAAGCUGAGGCACAGAAAGCGUUGGACAUUGCUUCUCAGUUCGUGCUGGCAAACAAAACAAGUUCUCAAAGGCUUUCUUCAGCCUACCCGCAGUAUCCCUUAGUCUGGAUUUGCGAAGCUGCUGGCCGGUUGGGGCGCAACGAGCUUGCACGGAGAUGUGUCGAAGAUAUCUUCAGAUACAGGCACCCCCUGACCAACAGUGGCUUAGUGUCCGAGUACACCUGGAAUGGAGCCUACGAGGCAGACUUCUUCGCCACUGCCGUGGUUGCAAAGGCGGCCGUUCUCAGUGGUCAUGAAGCUGUCGCAAAGGCGGCAGCAGACUCGCUGCUGCGUGCUGUCGACGCCAACAGGAGACAUAUGGCAGCAGGGCGCUUCUUUCUGCGCUGGACGUGGGCAGAUGGAUUUCUGGAACGAGCCGACGACCCGCUGUACUGCGUGAGCGCACUGGGGGAGAAACAGCUGUACUUCUUGCUCGGCUUACCGUCAGUCGUGCUGUUGGAGGUGGCAACCUCAUUCAGGAGCAUCGCUGACUCGGCCAAGAAGCAAUACCAGACGGUGGCUCACGAGCUGUUGCAGUACCUCAAAGGUUGCAAGCACUUGUUCUCAGCUUCCACAUCCUACACCUGUGCGACAGCUGCAGCCAUGCUUGGUGACCGCGACAGCACUGAGCGCAUGAGGAGCAGAAUGAUCGCACUCCAACUGGGCGAUGGCAGUUUUCCAUGUGAGACCUCCGAACUUGACACCGUGCAGCACACAGCAGAAAUCAGUACCUGCCUGUGCCGCAUGGAUGGCUACACACACGGCAGCGGGCUCGAAAUCGAAUUGAUAACUGAGAGCCCCUCCACUUCGAGCUCGCUCAGACCUGGAGGGCCAGCGCCGGCACCGGCGGCCCAGCCUUCCGAAGGAGCCAGAGAAGUCGACUGCGGCAGAGAGGCAUGCUGCGAGUUCCAAGUUCUCACGCUCUCGGCACCGACCUGGUGUGCACGGUGUGGUGGCUUCUUGUGGGGGCUCAGAGACCAGGGCUCCAGCUGCAGCCGUUGUGGUCAAAUCGUUUGUGGCAGCUGCAUCGCUUCCUCAGGCAGUUGCAAAGGAGCUGUGCGCUUGUGA